GAUUUUGCAUAUUUUGCUUUUUUAAGUUCACAGGGCUGCCCUCUUCCUAGUUUGUUGCCUAGUGCACUUAUGCUCUAGUUUGAUUCGAGCUAUGAGCGGACAAGGCGUAUGCACCCUUUACAAAUGGCCUGAAUGCUGGGGGUUGCCUUCUUUAUCUCCUGCUUGCAUUCAGGCAGAGGCUUACUUGCGCCUCAGUGGAGCAAAUUUCACCGUGGAGGUAUGCAGCACAAGCAGCUCCUCGCCGACAGGGCAACUGCCCGCGCUGGAGCGCGAAGCAUACAUCUCACCUGCGGAGUCCGACGAGUUCGCGUCGGCGGCGUCUGUGAUUGCGUAUGCCAAAAAGCAUGUUCGGGACCUUGACUCACAUCUGUCUUUGGGGCAGCGCGCCGACCUACUUGCCUUCACCACCUUGGUUGAGAGCAGGCUCAACGUCGCCACCACGCUGACCACCUGGUGUGAGGCGCGCGGCUUUGCGGAGAUCAAGAAGGCUGCGUACGGCGGCAAGCUGCCCUUCCCGCUGAGCCAGCUCAUACCCUGGAGCAAGCAGCGGGAGGUUCGCAAGCGGCUGGAGCAGCAUGCGGACAUGGAGCAGGUCUACUCUGCCGCCGUGGAGGUCCUGGACGCGCUGUCGGACCGGCUGCGCUCCUGCAGCAGCACCUUCUUCUUCGGCGAGCAGCCCACCAGCCUGGACGCGCUGCUGGCGGGCCACCUGCUCUACUACCGCAGCUCGCCCGCGGUGGCGCCCGUGCUGCAGGAGAAGGUCCAGUCCCAGCCGGCUCUGUGCGACUACCUGGACCGCCUGACGGGGCGCUACUUUGCAAUGCCGGCGGUGCCUCGGGCGGCGCUGGACGGGGGGGCGGGGGCGCCCAGCUGGUCGGAUGCGGCCAAGGGCCAGAAGAAGCCCUCCACGCCCAAGGUGGAGCCCAGCCCCGCCGAGCUGCAGUUCCGGCGCCACAGCACCUACUGGCUGGUGGGCGCGGGGGCGGCGGUGCUCAGCUACCUGCUCAUGAGCGGGCGAUACAUCCAGUUUGCGACAAUCAUGGAGCGAGCGGGGGAGGACGAUGACGGAGACGAUGAGGACGACGAGGACGAUGAGGGCGAUGAUGAGUGAUCGGCUUUGGGAGGAAGUGUGGAGUGUUAAGGAUGAUGCACUGGUGUUGUGCGGAGGGCGCUGCAAGCGCAGAGGACGAAGGGUGCGCAGGCGUGCAAGCGUGUAACGGCACACAUCGGGCUCGACGUCAUACGGCCCAAUGGGGCGUCCAUAAAGACCGGCAGCAAAGGCCAAUCUUGUAAAG